CCUAGUAGCCGGCAAAGUUUGCGUGCUAAUUCAUUUUAUUUAAUUAUUUCAUUUACGCUCGCCACUUGACAGUAAUGCCCAUUACGUAAUGGAGGCUAUUACCUUUGGAGUUCUGACCAUCAGUGACACCUGUUACCAGGCGCCGGCGAAGGACAAAAGCGGCCCAAAGCUGGUGAGGCUCAUUGGCGAGACCUUCCAGAAUGCCGAAGUGAUUGCCAGCAUUGUGCCAGACGAGCAGGAGCUCAUCCAGAGGGAGCUGCGCAAGUGGAUUGCUCGGGAGGAUCUGCGGGUGAUCCUGACCACCGGCGGGACUGGUUUUGCCCCGCGCGAUGUGACCCCAGAGGCCACAAAGCCGCUGCUGGAGAAGGAGUGCCCCCAACUGGCCCUGGUUAUUGCCCUAGGAUCGCUGCAGAAAACCAAAUUUGCGGCCCUUUCCCGGGGAGUCUGUGGCAUUGCUGGAAACACGCUGAUCCUUAACUUUCCGGGCAGCGAAAAGGCCGUGACCGAGUGCUUUGAGGCUGUCAGCGAGCUGCUGCCACAUGCCGUUCAUCUUAUCGGUGACGAGGUGGCUUUGGUAAGGAAAAUUCAUGCGGAAGUCCAGGGAACCCCAACGCAAUCCGCAUCUACAGUCAUCGCACGCACAGCCCAUGUGUGUCCCCACAAGACGGGAGCUGGCAGCGACUCGGAUCGCAAUUCUCCCUUUCCCAUGUUGCCCGUCCAAGAGGUGCUCUCCAUUAUCUUUGACACGGUGAAGAGGACCAGCGAUCUGGAGAAGCUACUGUGGCAGCAGACUUCGCCGGUGAACAUACCGCCCUUCAGGGCUUCCAUCAAGGAUGGCUAUGCCAUGAAGUCAACGGGAUUCUCUGGAACCAAGCGCGUCGUGGGAUACAUAGCUGCUGGAUCUGCACCUAAUCCUAGUCCUCUGGCGGAGGAUGAGUGUUUCAAGAUAAACACAGGAGCACCGUUGCCUCUGGAGGCGGAUUGUGUGGUGCAGGUGGAAGACACCAAGUUGCUGCAGCGGGACAAGCACGGUCAGGAGAGCCUGGUGGACAUUCUGGUGGAGCCACAGGCCGGCCUGGAUGUGCGGGCCAUUGGCCAUGAUCUGAGCACCCAGGAUCGCAUCUUCCCCUUUCCAGAUGCCUCUCCUGUAGUGGUCAAAUCCCUACUGGCCUCCGUGGGCAAGCGGUCGUCUGUGCGACGCCCCAAGGUGGCCAUAGUGUCCACCGGCAGUGAGCUGUUGGCUCCGCAUGAUCAGCCUGUGGCGGGCAAGAUCUACGACUCGAAUACCACCAUGUUGGAGGAGCUGCUGCUGUACUUUGGCUUCGAUUGCAUCCAAACCACCGUGCUGAGCGAUAGCUUUGAUGAAACCAAGCUGGCUUUGGUGAAUCUAUUCGAGACGGUGGACUUUGUCAUCUGCAGCGGUGGUGUAUCCAUGGGCGACAAGGACUUUGUGAAGCCUGUGCUGGAGCAUCUUCAGUUCAAGCUGCACUGCGGCCGGGUCAACAUGAAGCCCGGCAAGCCCAUGACCUUUGCCAGCCGGGAACAGAAGUACUUCUUUGGUUUGCCCGGGAAUCCCGUCUCUGCUUUUGUCACAUUCCAUCUGUUUGCCCUGCCCGCCAUCCGCUGGGCAGCUGGCUGGGAUCGUAGCAAGUGCACCCUGCCCGUACUCCAAGUGAAGCUGUUAAAUGAGCUGCCUUUGGAUGGCCGUCCGGAGUACGUGCGCGCCUCAGUGGUUUCCAAAAAUGGUGAACUCCAGGCCAGAAUCGUCGGAGAUCAAAUCAGCAGCCGCUUGCAGAGCAUCGUCGGCGCUGAUGUGCUCCUUCAUUUGCCGGGACGCACCUCGGAGCGGACGUCAGCUAGAGCAGGCGAGGUUUUUUCGGCCUCUGUACUACGCUACGACUUUAUCUCCAAGUACGAGUGAGAUCAUGACAAUACGAUGCUAAAAAACUGGUGCUGGGACCCCUCGAAUGUUAGAAAGACAUGACAAGAUGCCUUCCUAGAUUAGCACAAAAAAUUUAUUGUUUCAUCAUAUGUCGCAACCAUGAAGUCUAGAGUGUUCAAAACACUUCAGUGCUUAUCAGAGCGAGGCAUAUGUAUGUACUAUAGAUUUUUUUAUUUAUCUAUAAGUACACAUAAUACCUAUACAUACAUAUAAGUAUGCUUCUACACGAUGUUAUCUGAUUUUUAUGCAACAUGUUGCACUGAUUUUUACUAAAGUUUAUUAAAGAAACAAUUAUUAUCAGCUAA